AUGUCCUCGUUCUCUGGCCUUGCGACAACCGGUGAUAGCGACGCAUCCCCCGAUGGCACUGCCUCCCAAUUUCUUCUCUUACGCGGUUUAGAGCCAGGCGUUAACGAAGAACUCCUGGCCAAAGGAGUAAGCAAGCUUUAUAAAACCCAGGCCAGCACACCUGCAGAUGGCCACGCAGCGAAGAAGACGAAGAUAGCCUCCACUUCGAAUGAUGCCAGUCUUGGAGCGAAAGAGGGAUCACUACGGCGUGUGCUAUUGAUUCGUGAUAGGCACUCGAACGACAGUUGGAGAUUUGGCUUUGCCGAAUUCAACACCGUGGAAGAUGCACAGGCUGCUAUGGCCAAGUACAACGCCUUCGACAAGUUUACCAUCUCAUCUAAGCCUGUUCUCGCAUCGUAUAUCCAUGCUGGAGUCUUUGUGCCUGUGCUCAAACCCCUUGGGAAUGACCUAUCCAAGUUUACUUUUAGUCCGCUGACAAACCCUGCCGUCAAGUUGAUGUAUUGGGAUGAAGCUGCCUAUGCCAAUGAACUUGUCACUAGAGCGCCUGAUCAACCUUCCGCUGCCAAAAUCAAGGAGAGCGAGAAUUCAAAGCGCGCAGCUGCCGCGGCUAAUGAAGGGCUCGUCGGUACGGCUAAGGAUGGAGAGUCGCGAGUAAAGAAACGGAAACUCGAGAAAGACACGAAAGUAGUUGCGCCGCAUCUUCAAUUUUGGUCUAACAGACAUGCCGAGCUUCACCAGAUCCCGCCAAAGGAUCCCGUGGCUGUGCCUUCAGAUUCGCCGCAAACGAAAGCUAAUGAGGAGCGCGAACAAGCUUCAAAGACACCUCCAAGUCAGAGCUUUGCUGACUUGGAGCGUAAAUGCUGCCUCCUUUGUUCUCGCCAAUUCAAAACUGAAGCCGAAGUUAAUAAACACGAGCGCAUGAGUCAACUGCACCGCGACAACAUGAAGAAUGAGGAGUUGGUGGCCAAAGCCUUGACCAAACUUAACAAGUCGAAGGGGGCAGGUACAGACAAUUCCGCAUAUCGUGACAGAGCAAAGGAGAGGCGCCAGGCCUUCAACCAACCAAAGCAGCCAGCUGCACAGCACAAUCGACCGAAAGCUCCAGGUGCAGAUAGCCCUCCUGCUAAAGAGGCUGAUACAGCCCCAGCGCCAUCAAAAGGCGCAGCCCUACUUGGUAAGAUGGGCUGGACAGCUGGGGAGGGGUUGGGAGCUCAGGGAACGGGCAGAACGGAGGCGAUAGCUACAGAGCUAUACCAGCAGGGUGUAGGACUCGGUGCUCAAGGCGGAAAAAUAGGUGAUGCCAUAGAAGAAGCGCAACGGCAGACAAACGGACGGUAUUCUGAUUUCCUAACCAAGACGAAGGAUAAGGCGAAGGAGCGUUUUGAGAGUCUGGGUUAG